ACAAAGGCUACCAAGACAAAGAAGGCUAGCACCCGACCUCCUCGGGCCCUGGAAUGUUACAAUUGCAAGGUGACGCAGACCCCCCUGUGGCGUCGCACUCUCGAUCGCAAGCAUUCGUUGUGCAACGCCUGUGGUCUGUACUACAAACAAUACAACGGCCAUCGCCCACUUCAUAUCCGCCACAAGCCCUCGCUGAGCCAGAGCCAGCAACGCGAAAACGCUUCACCCUAUACCCUUACACCCCCCAAUGGUGCAGCAGCCCCUUCUGGCCAGAAGAGGGAGUCCCACAUGCGCCCGGGCCAGAUGUACCGGUUUUUGAACAUCCUUGAGAACCGAUGCCAUGUUCUGCGU